AUGAGCGUGACCGACUUGGCAAAAUCAGCGCUGCACGUCAUGAUUCUAGGAGAAACUGGUGUCGGGAAACGAGCUUUUGCCAAGGAUUUGAUUCAGCUACAAGAGGUAUUGGGCGAAAGACCAACAUCAUUUGAAGAUGGAUAUAAAUGGACCACCAAAGACUGUGAGGUAAUGUUUCAUAUCAUUGACGUAUCCCAAGACAGCGUUUCUGACAAGGCUUUGAAAAUUAAGUUAAGGGCAUGCGACGCCUUUAUUCUGAUGCACUUAGUAGAGGACAAGGAGUCUUUUGAGGUGCUGCCCCUGAUCAAGGAUAUUAUUAUCAAAGAGAAAGGCAUGGAAGCAGAUUUGCCUAUUUUUGUGGUCGGUUAUAGAGUGGACUGUAAGGAACUAGUGACAGAGUCCCAUAUAGCUUCUGUGGUGGUGUGGGACUGGCUGAUGAACUACAGGGAAUUGUUUGAGGAUAACGAGGAACAUGUCAUGAAACUAUUUGGAGACAUUAUGGCAAGGUGUCUUGGGGACUUCUAUUGCUGCACAGAAGACCUCAAUCUUCGUGACUUUGGGAGGUUUAGAACAGGCGGACCCGCUGAAGUGAAGAGGAAGGACAAGGCCGACACGUUAGGCAGAGCAACAUGUCCACCUCAAAGACAUGCAUAUUCCAGCUGA